AAGUAAACAAAAGUGAAAGACGUGGCAUCAGAUGCAAUCUCUCCUUUUAAGAGUCUAGAACCCACCAAGAAACAUCUUUUCAUGCCAAAACCCAUACAACCUCCCAGAACAUCUCAGACACUUCUCCAAGUCUCUCCAAAAACCCAAACACUCACCGUUCUUUAAAUUCAAUCCCAUCUAACCAUCCCUCUUACCAUCAACACCACCACAAGAAAGUUCACUAGUCUCUUUUAGUACUAUUUGGUCUUCACUAACACACACCAAGUCCAAGCAAUGGCUUUGGCUCGUUUGGCUUUGAAGAACUUGUCCCAAAGGAUACCAUCAUCCUCCUCAUCUUCAUUGAUGGGUCUGCAUCGUAGUCUUGGUGAGGGAAGUCUUGUGCAAAGGCAGAAGUUUGGUGAUGAGUUUCUAAGGAGGUUCAUGGCAACUACAGCUAGUGGUGAUCAUGAUAAGGCCACCACUGAUGAUAAGAAAUCCGAAGGCAAAGAAGUUGCUGUGAAAAAGGUUGGCAAGAAGCUGUCUAAACUGUUCCCAUGGAGGAAAGGUGGCAGGAAAGGCGGGCUUUGGAGGAGGAACGAGAACCGCGACUUUGUUCCUGUUCCAUCAACACUUAAUGAGAUCUUCCCUUCAGGGCUAGGGAAUGCACUCAUGGAAGCGACCGAUAACAUUAAUCGCUUGUUCGAUGAUGUAAACAUUGCACCAAACCAACUUAUGGCUCGAGUGAAGGAGCAAGAUGACUGCUACAAGGUUCGGUAUGCUGUCCCGGGGCUUGCCAAGGAAGAUGUCAAGAUCACCAUCAACAACGGAGUCUUGACGAUCAAGGGAGAGCACAAGGAAGAGGAGGAAGAGGAUUCUGAUGAUGAAUAUUGGUCUGCAAGUAGUUAUGGGUACUAUAACACUAGCCUUGUGUUGCCUGAUGAUGCUAAAGUUGAUGACAUAAAGGCAGAGAUGAAAGAUGGAGUUCUUACUGUUAUUAUUCUAAGAACUGAGAAGCCAAAGGUUGAUGUCAAGGAAGUUGAGAUCCAUUGAGUUGGAUUGUUGGAAGGGCUCCUUUUGAAUUUUAAUGGAAAAUUUUCUGUGUUGAACCAGCCUUUGUGUUGAGUGAAAUGAAAAUAAGCUUGUGCGGGCUGCCCAA